AUGAACAUAUUGGCGCAUACGGGUGAUAUCUUCCACGGCCGAGGCAAGCUUCACGCGAGUCUAAAGGAGCAGCAGGUGUGGGACGACUUAAGGCGACCUGGGCACGAUGUCCCGCAGCUGCCGCGACCGCAAGGAUAUACGGCAAGCCAACCCAUUUACAAAAGACUUCCCGUGGUGUGCCGUGGAUUAACGUGGUCCUUUGAUGGGUCAUCGUUGGUGGCCGUGCAUGAGGACUGUGGCAUACGACAGUACGCGGUGUGCGAGGAGCAAGGGCCAGUGAUGGCCCCUGUUCAAAGGUUUUUUAAGCCCCAGGCCAUCAUCUCGCACGCAGUGCAUCCGCAAAACUCGCUAUUCCAGGCGGACUCAUCGCUGAACGUCGUAGUUGUGUCUUGCAAGGACAUGCCGUAUCAAUUGUAUCCUCUACACAGCAACCCAGACCAACCCGCGCGUGCUCUACAGACGUACAACUCUGCCAGUGAGUCUACUGAGGAGUUUCGUGCCGCGUAUGCGAUGGACUUUCUUGAUGACGCGCACUUUCUUGCGGGAUCCACGCGCAAUACGGUGUCGCUCUUUGACGCCUCGCGCAGGGAGAGUAUAUGGGUAUCUUCUGCCACGCGGAGGGGCUGUGGUCGGGGGCAACACAAAGCCAUUGUUUCGUGCUUUGAUGAGGCAAACGAGCGGCGCGACUGUGUUCGAUACGCGGGGACGUACAGGUCUGAGCUUCUUAGAAUUGACCCGCGAACGUCCAGUAUCUCCUCCUGGAAAGCGAUACAGGAUAAAUCCCGUGGUAUCUACCAGGUGUUGCAGAGCAAUAAUGGGCACUACUUCUACAUAAUGAAGCGCUACUCUAAUUCUAUAACGGUGUUGGACUCGCGCAAGUCAAUGGCCAUUGUGAAUCAAUUCAAGCUGCCCUUCCAGACGCACGCUCAGAAGCUCCGGGGAACUUACAGCACCCGCCAUGGGCUUCUGAUAGGUGAUGAAGCUGGGCGUAUACUGCAAUGGGCGCCCGAGGUUGUGGAGUUCGGCGGCAUAGAUAGAAGCGGUAGCGUGCCAAGCUACGGUAUCGGCGAAACUGGGAUCACACACGUCUGUGCCGAGGGCUCCCGGAUCAAUAUUAUAGAGAAAAACCCAGCAGACAGCGAUAUAUUCGCGAUUUCCUACUCUCCAGAUAAAUACGGCGAAGACGUUUCCUGCAAUGCGGGGAUCCUGCUUAUGCGGCUAUAG